AUGCUGGCAAUAAACAAUCUCACCUUUUUUUACAUUUCUGAUUACUUGCAAUUUACAAGCGAGAAAAAUCAAGUAAUUCGUCAGUUAGGUGAUUUGGCAAGUAUUUAUUUAGAAGUUUAG